AUACGUCUAGCGUAAAACUAGAAUAAUCCAUGACUUCUUGCCAUUGAGGGUUUAAUAACUAGAAGUGCGAGAGAUCACAGUCCCUGGAAUUAAAGAUGGAUACCACAUUUCUGUAGAUAAUUAUGGGAACAUCGCAGUAAGUGAUGGAUAUGGGCACCUAGUACAACUGGAUCCGUCGGGAUAUUUGAUUCAGAGAAUUCUAACUGCUGGCGUAAGUGAGGGCUACCACUCAGUAACCAAAGAUGGCGAUUUAUUGUUCGUGGAUAAACCAAACCAUACAAUUAAUAUGGCGGACAAUGCAAUAAAAGGGGCAAAACUCAUAACAUCCGGAAAAUGGCUACAAUUUAUGGACACUGGCUCUUGGAAACCAUUCAGUAUUUAUUCUUCCAAACUCAACGGAGACCUUCUUUUGGGUAUGAGCAAAUGUGGCGAGGUGAGGGUAACGAGGUUUGAUGAAACAGGAAGAAAAGCCCUUCAGAAUAUAGACAGAGAUUUUAAUGGAGAGGACUUAUUCCAGCUUCCCCAUUACCUCACUGAAAACUUCAAUGGAGACGUCUGCGUUUCAGAUUAUGAUAAAAAUGCAGUCAUAAUUGUGGAUAGAAAGGGUGACCUUCGGUCCACCUAUAAAGGUCAUAGAUCCUAUUCUGACUUCCGACCUUACGGAAUCUUUGCCGAUUCUGACGGACACAUCCUUGUUUGUGACAUGGAAAAUGACUCUGUCCACUGCCUUGAUCAGGAAGGACAAUUUCUCUGUUUUGUUCUAACGCCAGGACAUGGAAUUAGCGGCCCAAGUGGAUUAGGCAUCGAUAAUCAAUCUGUUCUUUACUUGACACAGUAUAACACUAACAAAGUCAAGAUGUACAGGUUCAAUGUAGGUUCCUAAUGGCUAAUUAACAAGGGAGACGGACUAGAAGACACUGUGUUGUGAAAUUAAUUUUGUUUCAUCAUCCAUAUAUAGCAUAUUCUUUAUUAUCUAUCUUUAAGACUGAGAAAAAUAUCAACUUAUCCUUCGAAUUUGUAAUCAAGAAACUUUAUCUAAAUGAAAAGAUAGAGGACUUAUACUCGGGCAUUCAAUUUAUAUCCAUUCUGCCCAGUGUUAGUAUAAAUUGUAUAAAUACAGUAAUAAAAUACCUGAAUU